CACGGCGGCGCCGCUGCGGUGGAUGCGGGUGCGUCCCACUGCGGGCCGCUGCCUAUUCCCGCCGUGGGUGUUCACCUGCAGCAGCUGGUGUGGGCCGCUGCUCGCUGCCUGGCGCUGCGAGCCAGCCCGCUAGAUGCCCGGCUGCGGCCACUCAUGGUGGACGCGGCUGCCAGCAGCCAGGCCCGCAUAGCGGCCCUGCUAGCAGGCGCUGGCAACGCGGCUGACACGGGUGCUGCAGCACAGCUGACGGCGCUGGCCGCAGCCCUGCUGCGCGGCGUCGUGGCUCACCCUCUGUCGGAGCAGCUGUCACAGGCGACCUGCGCCACAGCUGCAGCAGCCGGCAUGCCCGGCGAGCUGCAGCAGUUGCAGCCGCUGGAUGUGCGCUACAGCCACCUGUUGCAGCCAUACCUCCCCGGUGUGCAAGCUACGGAGUGGGCGGCGGUGGAGGCGCGUGCGGCGCGGCUGAGGUGUGCAGUGGCGGCUUUGGGCGCCAGGCUGCUGAUGCAGCAUGUGACUGCAGGAGCGGAUGCCGCGGUGGCGACAGGGAUGGCGUCGCCGAUGCAGGUGUCGUACUGGCGCUUCCUGCGGCCUGAAGAAAGGGCCGCUACGGAUGCGGAGCACCCGGUUGUGGACUGCUGCUACCCGCUGCUGGCAGCCCUGGCCGAGCUGGAGGAGCAGCUGCUGCAGCCCUCCCUGCUGCCGGACACCGCAUGGCAGGAUGCGGAGUUGGAGCCGCUGCUGGCGGCGGUGCAGCAGUGGCGGGGGGCGCUGUGGCGCACCUCACAUGGGCUGCUGCACCUGCCGCUGUCAGUGCAGCCUCAACAGCAGGAAGGAGGCGUAGCAGCAGCAGGAGCAGCUGCGGUGGCGUGUGUGGUGCAACAAGUCCAUCAGCUGGACGUGCCGCAGCUGACGUGGACAUGGAUGCGUGCGGAUAAGGCCCUGACGGCGCUGCUCUCGCACGCUGUUGUGGCGGAGGCGCUGUCCUCGGAUGCUGCGAGCGGGGGUGUUGCAGCGCGGCUAGAGUACCUCCGCGCGCAAACACGUGACGCGCUGGGCCUGAGCAGCCGCCCCGCCAAGCCGCUAGCAUGGCGGUUGUGCGGCAAGCCCGUGCUCCCCAGCACCCUGUCACUGCUGGGAGCCAUGGUGGAGGGUCGAGCCUUGGCGUCGGCGUCGGCAGCUGCAGCGGUGGAUCCACAGGGCCGACCCAUGGGUCUGCAGGCCGCGGGUGUGGACCUUGACGCCCUCAUCCUCGCCGCCGCCGCAGAGGCGGCCGCGAGCGCAGGCAGCACUGAGGAUGCGUCAGCCAUGGUCGGCGCCGUCAGUGGCCGUGCGGGCUCUGUGGAGGAGCUCUUGGGAGAGGAGGCGCCGGCGGUACGGCAACACGUGGCGGAGGCAGUGGCGCUCGUGCUGUGCGUGGACCCGGCGCUGCGCCGCGCGGUGGGGCAGGGCGUGGCCAUGCUGGGUGCCAUGCCGCUGCUGGAGGCGCUGAGGCCAGGUGCGGCUGGGGCGGGUGCCGCGGUUGCUGCAGGGGAGGAGCAGCACCGGCAGUCCUUGGCGGCGCAGGGCGCUAGCGUGGUUUCCGCGCUGCGGGGCUCUCUUCGCGGGCGUGUGCAGGAGACGGUUGCACAGGUGCUGGCGUGCCCCUCGGAGGACGAGUGGAUGAUGCGUCAGGGCGUGAAGGAGGUGCAGGCUGGUGCUGCUGCACCCGCUGCAGGUGCGCGGGAGGCGCAGCUGCCGCUGCUGCUGCCCAGCGCUUGGAUGACG